AAAUCAUUUUGUGAAAGUCAAGGAUAUUCUAUGAUUCUCUUAAUAAAAGUUACAUUUCAGGUGGUGUCCAUUACAAAUGAACCAUUUCACUGCCACAUUUUUUAGCCUCUGGGAAUAUCAAUAAUAUCUUCCACGUAUCUGUUUUACUUUGUUUACAAACCGAAUAAGACAUAACCUUCAAUUUAUACCCCUGGGGAUGCUUUGUUUUUGUUCACAAAAAAAACGGUUCUAGUUGCUUUCGUGUGACUGUUAAUUCACAGGAUGAUCAAAUGCUUUGAUGUACUCUACCGUUUGCUUCUCAUUUGAUCCAGUUCUUAAAAUCAUAUUAGUUUACCACAUUGAAUCCUGAUAUUUCAUAAAUAAAUGUGUUUUAGGAGUAUAAAACACAAACUGUGAACCAUGUAUAUAAAAUACUGGUAUAUCUUAUUGGUAUAUGUAUUUAUGGAAAAGUGGUAGGCAGAAUUUCACAACUAAUUGCAACAAAUAUUAUUCUGUCUCUGUGACAACCAAAGCACCCUGUUUCCUUAAUCAAGAUUUUGAUUAAGGAAUAAAACUAUUGUCUGUGCUUGGUGUGUUACUUCAGUAAUUCAGUUCUUCAGUCGGCUGCAUAUUAUGCCUGCUGUUAGGGACGAGAAAAAAUGAAAAACAGAAUGAGAGAAAAUUGCUAUGCUGAGCAAAGUAAAACACACCCCUGUUGGCCUUGUUGUUGAGAAAUCAUUUAGGCAUUCGAGAAUAAAUCCUGAGCUCAGCAAGGUACUGGCUGCCACUUGUCAUGUUUUGCAGUUUUAAAUGGACCUCUUAUCUGACAAUGGUAUAAAAGAUGCAUUUCUUUAAAAUACUGCCUAGAAAAUUGAUGAGGGACACAUAUCUUAAUAACCAGGUCCAAUUGUCAUAAAACUGUCUCAUAUGACAUUCCUUUGCAGAAUUUCUACAAAACAGGAUAUAACCAAGGUCCACAAACUUUUUAAUUUUGUAUUUUUUAAAUCCAUUACAAUGUACUGCAGGAAGGCUUUGAUGGGUACAUUUUAAACAGCUUUGCUAUGAAAAUGAAAGACAAACUUUCAGAUACAAUGCAAAAGAUGUAUUUAUGAACAUCAUAUCUAACAUUUUUAUAGUAGUAAACACCGCAUGACAAAAAAAAGAAAAACUAUAAUAAAAUAAACAUUUGAAAAAAGAAAAUUGUGUGAACAGGUGUAAACUGCUAUAUGUACAUACAAAAUUGUAAAAACUAAGUAAUUAUUUACAAAAAACAUAAGGCUUUUUUUUUCCACAUUACCGCAUACAGUCAGCACUCACAUAUCCGACUCUACAACACCAAUUUCCAGAAUUAAAACAGUAUCCAAAGUCUUCAAAAUUGCAGAAUAUAGUGCUUGAUAAGGCCCUAAUGUCACAGUUCACUUGCAAAUGGAAAUGCACAAAAGCAACUAAAGAUCACAGAUUUAAAAAGAAAGUAUCUAAAACUGUCUAAUGAUCAACCUGUAUGUUACCGUGCCUAGUCUCGUUUGCUUUGUUUUUGGAGGAAGCGCUAUAUAACUGCAGUGCACAAUAAAGACUGAUUUGCCAUGCCAGAAAAAAAAAUGCAGGCUGUGACGGUUAAACAAGUCAAUUGAAACAUUGAAGAGAUGGGCUUUGUAUCAGAAAACUGGUGACGGAGUCAGAAAUCGCCUGUAACAGAGAGAAGCAGUGUCCGUCAGACAAGAAGCCAGCAGAAAUACUUUGCAAUGGAUGUAGACGAAGAAGAAAACAUGAGUUUGUGCAGCACCGAUGUUAAGGAAAAUCGCAACCUGGACAACGUCUCUUCAAAGGAAACUUUGGGUGAAGGGGUCCAACUCCCCAAUGGAGGCAGUGGCAGCAGGAAGCGCCCACUCGAGGAGGGUAAUAACGGCCACUCGCAUUCCAAGUUCCGGGCCAAGAAACGAAAGAAAACUCCGGGACCCGUCUUACCAAAGAAUGCCCUAAUGCAGCUCAAUGAGAUCAAGCCAGGGCUGCAGUAUAAGCUGCUGUCUCAGACUGGGCCAGUCCAUGCUCCUGUGUUCGUCAUGACAGUGGAGGUCAACGGGCAGCUUUUCGAAGGCUCUGGUCCCACCAAGAAGAAGGCCAAGCUUAGCGCUGCAGAGAAGGCCCUGAGGUCUUUCGUCCAGUUCCCCAACGCAUCAGAGGCCCACAUGGCCAUGGGUCGGACCCUGACUGUAAACACUGACUUCACUUCCGACCAGGCAGACUUCCCCGACACCCUCUUUAAUGGUUUUGAGACCCCAGCUCAGGCCGAUGUGGCCUAUUACCUGGGCUCCAAUGGAAAUGGCUCCUUUAACUCCAUAGGGGAUUAUCCUCUUCCCUCUUCUGGAGGGGCAGACAAUCUCAGCCAGUCCCCUUUGCCCGCCCCAUCUGCCCUUGCCCCCUCUAGCGGUAAGAACUCUGUCAUGAUCCUGAACGAGCUACGCCCGGGCCUAAAGUAUGACUUUGUCUCCGAGAGCGGCGAGAGCCACGCCAAAAACUUUGUGAUGUCAGUAACAGUGGAUGGACAGACCUUUGAAGGUUCAGGGAGGAAUAAGAAGCUGGCUAAGGCCCGUGCUGCCCAGGCAGCCCUCUCCAGCUUGUUUAACAUGCAGCUUGACCAGACGCCGUCCCGACAGCCCAUCCCCAGGGAAGGCUUACAGCUUCAUCUUCCCCAGGUUCUAGCCGACUCUGUUUCCCGUCUUGUUGUGGAUAAAUUCAGUGAACUGACCGACAAUUUCACAUCACCUCAUGCACGCAGGAAAGUCUUGGCUGGGGUUGUCAUGACAACAGGCACUGACGUGAAAGAUGCCGAGGUGAUUUGUGUCUCCACGGGGACCAAGUGUAUAAACGGGGAGUACAUGAGCGACCGCGGCCUAGCCCUCAAUGACUGCCAUGCUGAAAUUAUCGCCCGAAGGUCCCUAAUACGGUACCUCUAUACCCAGCUUGAAUACUUCUUGAGCAGCAACAAAGAAGAUCAACAGAAAUCAAUUUUCAUCCGGUGUGAGAGAGGUGGCUAUAAACUGAAGGACAGUGUCCAGUUUCACCUGUACAUAAGCACUUCACCAUGCGGAGACGCCAGGAUAUUCUCCCCACAUGAAGCUGGAAUGGAGGACCAAGGAGACAGGCACCCGAACCGGAAAGCUCGAGGUCAACUUCGGACGAAGAUUGAGUCUGGCGAGGGGACGAUCCCAGUACGGUCCAGUAACACCAUCCAGACAUGGGACGGGGUACUGCAGGGAGAGAGACUGCUCACAAUGUCCUGCAGUGACAAGAUUGCCAGGUGGAAUGUGGUUGGAAUCCAGGGAUCCUUAAUGAACUACUUCACGGAGCCCAUUUACUUCUCCAGUAUCAUCCUUGGUAGUUUAUACCACGCGGACCACCUCUCCCGGGCCAUGUACCAGAGAAUAGCUGACAUUGAGGACCUGCCCCAGUCAUUCACACUCAAUAAACCUCUACUGAGUGGUAUUAGCAACGCAGAAGCCCGACAACCAGGCAAGGCUCCCAAUUUCAGUGUGAACUGGACAGUGGGAGACCAGGCCCUUGAGGUCAUUAACGCCACUACAGGAAAGGAUGACAUGGGCCGUGCAUCCCGUCUCUGCAAGCAUGUUCUGUACAGCCGCUGGAUACGCCUGCAGUCAAAGCUUCUCUCAAGUCUACGGAUCAAACUGGCCAAGCCCAGCUCGUACUAUGAAGUCAAGCAGGCUGCCACAGAAUACCAUUCAGCCAAGCAGGCAGUCAUUAAGGCUUUUCAUAAGGCUGGGCUGGGUGCCUGGGUGAAAAAGCCAAUAGAACAGGACCAGUUCUCUCAGAGCCCAUGAGGGGGUGUCGAGGAUGGAGCCAAAACACAGUGAAACAAAUUACCAGCUGCUGAGACUUCAUGUGUUCAGCAUAUUUAUUGUAUUUCUCUAAGAUUUUACCUGCAUCUGAAUUUUAUUCCAUUCCUCCUUUUUUAUUUAA